CAGGAUGAAUUGAACAACCCAAUCACAUUCAUCAAUGGCGUAUUGCCCGUGGAGAGCCACAUGACGCCUCCAGGGAGAGACUGGGAGAAAAGCAGGCAGGAGAUGAACAUGGUGCAGAGGGAUGAACCUUCCAACGACUUCUUCUACAUCGGACAAGCAGCAUCUGUGGUCAAUAAGAGCAUGGACUGGUCGUCGUUGGAUGAUGAGGUUGUGCUGGAGGAAGUGGCAGCACAGAGUGGUCAAGCUACUCUCAACACGCAGGAGGUGGAGGCUCAGCAUAGGGCGCUAAGGCAGAAGAAGUUGCAGAAGCAGUAUGGCAGCCGGCCAGGCAGUACAGUGAGCCGCGGUACCUCUCCACUGCCUACCUCAGACGAAGAAAUAGCGGAAAUUCUGAGGGCUAACACCCUGCUCUCAGAGGGCACUCAGACAAACGAGCCAAAGCAUGGAUAUUACAGGGAGCCGCCACCACCGCCGCGUCUCACUCGGCCAAAGACUGCGAGGGGCUCGCGGAGGCACCGCAGCCACAGCACAGAGCAGCUGUACGACCGCCACGGCGCCCCCUACCAGUCGGAACGCGAGCAGCUAGCCCGCCAAGAGUCCGGCAAGAGCAUGCAGCGCGCCCACUCCGCGACGAACUUGACCUCCGAUCAGCAGCAGCAGCAUCAUCGGCAUCAUCGCCGCAGCGACCGCAGGCCCGACGACCGCGACAACAGGUCGCCGCGCGACGCGGGAGGAAGGGCGCACGAAGUUUCAAGGUCGAGGUUGCACGAGUACCAGCGCGGCGAGCGGCCUCAGUCGAACCCGGCCGCGCCAAACGAGGGCGAGGUUCGCUUCGACCCGCACGCUCUCAGGAGAGCGCUGACGCCGGACCUUGUUGCCACCGCCUACGCCAAGCAGGAGAUGCGGGUCGUGCUGGCCAAUGAUGCGCCGCAGAGAACAGGUCGUCGCGACGAUCGGAAUAGGCGGCCGGCGCGCGGCGUGGAAACGGUGGUGACUGUCCUCGUGGUGAGCCUGCUCCUGGUUUCGCGCAAUCCGAUCGAGAACACCGUCUCCGCUCGAUCCUCGUCCCCUCGAUAUUCCGGUGGUGGCGUCGCGAAUCCCUGCGGCUCAAUGGGGACCUGCAAUGGAACUUCGUAG